AUAUUUUAUCACUGUAGUCGUUGAUAUAAUUCAAUUUGAAAUGGUAUACGACCCGACCGUUUGGAGGACUCGACUCCCGCCAAUUUCCAAGGCCUCGGAUCUGAAGAAACACCUAUUGCAAGGAUGUCUGACCUUCAAACACCUCAAGCAUCUCCACGGCUGCCUCCUCCGCCUCGGCAUCGGCCAAGAUAACUACCUCCUCAAUAUUAUCCUCAAAUCCUCCUUCAACUUAGGACACCCCAACCACGCACGACUCAUCUUCAGCUCUGUCCAAGAACCUAACAUUUUCUUGUGGAAUUCUAUGAUCCGUGGCUUUGUAUCCAAUGACUGUUUCCUUGAGGCAGUUGAAUUCUAUAGUCUCAUGCGUCAGCACGGCCUGCUCCCCAACAACUUCACUUUCCCUUUUGUACUCAAGGCUUGCGCAAGGAUUCCGGAUUUUCGAUUAGGGGUAAAGAUUCAUACCCUUGUUUUGAAAGCAGGUUUUGAAUGGGAUGUCUUCGUUAAGACAAGUUUGGUUUCUUUGUAUGCUAAAUGUAGUCAUUUGUGUGAUGCCCACAAGCUGUUCGAUGAAAUUCCUUUAAGAAAUGUCGUUUCUUGGACCGCGAUUAUCUGUGGGUAUAUGGAGGAUGGGAGGUUUUGGGAGGCUGUGGAUAUGUUUAGGCGGAUGUUGGAGAUGGAUUUGCGGCCAGAUAGUUUUACUCUGGUUCGGGUAUUGUCUUCAUGUUCUCAGUUGGGGGAUCUAAAGAAUGGGGAGUGGAUACAUGCAUAUAUUGUGGAAAAGGGCAUGGAGAGGAAUGUCUUUGUGGGUACUGCCCUUGUGGAUAUGUAUGCUAAGUGCGGUAGCAUGGAGAAAGCACGGUCUGUUUUCAUUCGGAUGGAAGAGAGAGAUGUGGUUUCAUGGAGCACGAUGAUCAGUGGUUAUUCAUCAAAUGGGCUUCCUAAAGAGGCAUUAGAUCUCUUCUUCCAAAUGCAGGACAAACAUGUGAGACCGGAUUGUUUUACCAUGGUUGCUGUUCUUUCUGCUUGCGCCAGGUUAGGUGCUCUAGACUUAGGCAAUUGGGCUAGCAGUUUAAUCAAUAAAAAUGAGUUUAUGUCGAACCCGGUCUUGGGUACUGCAUUGAUUGAUAUGUAUGCUAAAUGCGGAUGCAUGGCUCGGGCUUGGGCAGUCUUUAAAGGGAUGAAGCAAAGAGACCUUGUUGUUUGGAAUGCGGUGAUCAAUGGGCUUGGCAUGAGUGGUCAUGGGAAAAUUACAUUUGGACUGUUUAAUCAGAUACAGAAGUUGGGGAUUCAACCUGAUGGGAACACUUUCAUUGGUCUUCUUUGUGGCUGUACUCAUGCUGGUCUAGUCGAAGAUGGCCGUCGGUAUUUUGAGAGCAUGAGUCGUGUAUAUACACUAACUCCUAGGAUCGAGCAUUAUGGAUGUAUGGUUGAUCUUCUUGGCCGUGCGGGCUUAUUAGAUGAGGCUCAUCAGUUGAUCAAAGGCAUGCCAGUGGAGGCUAAUGCUGUCGUCUGGGGAGCUCUCUUGGGUGGCUGCAGGAUAUACCGUGACACCCAUUUGGCUGAACAUGUAUUGAAGCAGCUCAUUGAGUUAGAGCCUAUGAAUGCUGGGAAUUAUGUACUCUUAUCGAAUAUAUAUGCUGCAAAUGGUCAGUGGGAUGACGCGGCAAACCUUAGGCUGGUCAUGAAUAGGAAAAACAUCCGAAAGACACCAGGAUGUAGCUGGAUUGAGCUGAAUGGUAUUGUUCAUGAGUUUCUCGUGGGAGACCGGUCCCAUCCGCUGUCGGAGAAGAUCUAUUUGAAGCUUGAUGAACUGGCUAAGGAAUUGAAGGGUUUGGGAUAUGUACCCACAACAGAAACAGUUCUCUUCGAUAUAGAAGAGGAAGAAAAAGAGCAUAGCCUUGGUUGUCACAGUGAAAAGUUGGCUAUCGCAUUUGGUCUUAUCAGCACAAUGCAAGGGGAUGUCAUUCGAGUAGUGAAAAACCUUCGAGUUUGUAAUGAUUGUCAUACUGCUAUAAAACUCAUGUCGAAGAUUACAGGCCGAGAAGUAGUAGUCAGAGAUAAUAAUAGAUUCCAUUGUUUUAGAGAAGGGUCAUGUUCCUGUAGAGAUUAUUGGUGACUUUGCAUAUCUACUAAGAGCUCACUUUCACAUUUUCCUGAGCAAUAGGAUACAAGAAUGACAUAUCUAUGAGUUUGAUAAUGUGCACCCCAAAUAUUUCUACUGUGCAUGUGACACUUGUUUGUGGUGAUCCAAACCAUUAAAUUGGAGGCUACUGUAAGAUUUUAUUA